AUGGUCACAACAGAAAAACCUCUUCAAAUUCGAAAUCAGACGCUUCAGAAUACUCCAAUGGCUGUGGUUGCUGCAAUGCCUAGCAAGGAAGCAACAAAAAGGAUGAUUAAACGUGCUCGUCGUGGAAUUGAUAUGAACACAUUAUUGAAUCCUCAUGCUUGUCCUAUAUUUAAACAAGAUAAUGGCGAUCAUUAUAUGCCUGGAAAUAUGGUUUAUACUGAAAUUGAUGGACAAAGGGUUGAAAGCUUCGAACACAUCCCAUCUGAUUUUACAAAGGGUGACGGAAUUGAAGAAAAAUGGCCACGAGUCGGAGGAACUUAUGGAGGUGGUGGGACUCCACAAAUGGGGCCUUCUACUAAUCCGCAUGGAACAAUUGGUGGAGUGGAUGGGUACUCGAAUAAUCGCCAAGAAACUAAAACAGGGGCAGGUCGCCCACGAAAAAAAGUUAAGCAGGAAUAUCUUUUACCGCCACCACAACCGAUAGCGAUUUUGGACAGAACACUUCCACAUGUUUUUGUCAAUAGAAAAACAAAUGAAUUUAGUUUUAGCUGUAAUAUUGCUGGGUAUACUCCGGAAGAGUUGCAAGUUGAACUUGUUGGUGCUGAGUUAGUAAUUAGCGGAGCUCAUAAACAACAAACAAUAAAUCAAUCAUUUACUGCAUCAUUUUCACGACGUAUAUUACUUCCUGAGGGAGUUCAUAAAGAAACUAUUCAAUGUAGUGUUGAUGAUAAAGGUUUAUUAAAUGUUAGUGGGCAAUUAAUGCAUGUUGGGAAACCAAAAACAAUUCAACAAGAAUUACAACAACAAAUGCAACGACAGCAGAUACAAGAACAACAACAAUUACAAGAGCAGCAGCAUUUACACGAAGAACAACAGUUAGAACAGCAACAACAGCCUUCUGCAUCGUCUGCUGUUACUGGUGAAAUUGAUGUUGUUUGA